UAUGAUGGUCAGAUUCAAAUUAAAAUUAAUAUUAGAGGAUUCGGUCCAUAUGGUAUUGUGAAAUUUUGAAAUAGAACGACUCCAUCAGGUAUGACUGAUGCAAUUAUAUGCAGACGACACGUCGCUUAAAUACCAAAGAGUGUCGACGUCGUCUAGCCUCUUUCCAAUGACCAGGAUUAUUCGCUAACCCGCAACCGAACCCCGAAGGUUUGACCCAAUUGCCCGAAAACAAUCAAAACAUUACAGCCGCCUGCGCCCUGCAAUAUUAAUAUCAGACCAAUCCACAGAUUUUUUAGCAUUUCCCUCCCAAUAAUCUUUUCCUCCUCCGACUUAUUGCGUUUCAAGAACAACGCGCGAGAGAGAGGUCAGCGUAGUAUAUUCAUUCCAUUGAAAUAGAUAGGUAUACUAAUUGAGCCUAGCACUGUUCCGUUCAAUCGCUGCCAUGGUGAACCCUUAUGACCACAGGUAUUCCGAUCCCGAUUCUUACCGUCACCGUCGCAGUGACCUGAUUGGCCCGCCUCCUCCGGUCGGGCCGCCGAUGGUGAGGGGACCUUAUGGGCGCGGUGGACCGGUGCCUUAUGGUGGUCCUCCACCACCGGCUUUUGCGGGAAGAGGUGGUCCCGGACCAGUAGGCGGUUAUCCACCAUUUGAGCCUCCAGUUGGUAGAUUCGAUAUUGGCCGAGGCGGUGGCACUGUCAGUGGGGGGAGGGGCUUCAGUGGUAGCCGUCUUCCCAGUGGUCAUAUUGGGGAUAGAAGGCCUGAUGCAGCUCGUUUUGGCAGUGGAAGGGGCCGUGAUGGUGGACGAGGCGGCGGACGUGGUGGUGGGCGUGGUGUUGGUGGAGGAAGGGGAUUUGAUGGAGGCCGUGGUGGUGGAAGAGGAGUUAGGCGUGCUGGGGGAGCUACUAAAGGAGACUUGGAUAAUAUUACUCUUCCGAAGCAGGAUUUUGGGAAUUUGGUGCCUUUUGAGAAGAAUUUCUACAUUGAGAGUCCUUCAGUACAGUCUAUGUCUGAAAAUGAAGCUAUGAUGUAUCGGGCAAGGAGGGAUAUUACUGUCGAAGGUCACGAUGUACCUAAGCCCAUUCGGAUGUUUCGAGAGGCUAAUUUUCCUGAUUAUUGCUUAGAGGUGAUUGCCAAGUUAGGUUUUGUUGAGCCAACACCAAUACAGGCACAAGGGUGGCCAAUGGCCCUUAAGGGUAGAGAUUUAAUUGGCAUUGCAGAAACGGGUUCUGGUAAGACUUUGGCAUACUUGCUGCCAGCAUUGGUGCAUGUCAGUGCACAACCUCGAUUGGUACAAGGUGAGGGACCAAUUGUGUUAGUAUUAGCUCCUACAAGAGAAUUAGCUGUUCAAAUCCAAGAAGAAGCUAUAAAGUUUGGUUCACAUGCUAAUAUUAGGAGUACUUGCAUAUAUGGUGGUGCUCCCAAAGGACCUCAAAUUCGUGAUCUUCAAAGAGGUGUUGAGAUUGUGAUUGCUACUCCUGGACGACUAAUAGAUAUGUUAGAAGCUCAACAUACAAACCUGCGAAGAGUCACCUACCUUGUGUUGGAUGAGGCUGAUCGGAUGUUGGACAUGGGAUUUGAGCCUCAGAUUCGGAAAAUUUUAUCUCAAAUCCGGCCAGAUAGACAGACUUUGUAUUGGAGUGCCACGUGGCCAAGGGAGGUUGAAACUUUAGCAAGACAGUUUCUGCGCAAUCCAUACAAGGUAAUCAUUGGCUCAGCCGAUUUGAAAGCAAAUCAAUCAAUAAACCAAGUUGUUGAAGUUUUGACAGAGGUGGAGAAGUACAACAGACUGAUCAAACUUCUAAAAGAAGUGAUGGAUGGGAGUCGAAUUCUAAUAUUCAUGGAGACCAAAAAAGGCUGUGACCAAGUUACGAGGCAGUUGAGAAUGGAUGGAUGGCCAGCCCUAUCCAUCCAUGGUGAUAAAAAUCAAGCUGAAAGGGAUUGGGUCCUAUCUGAGUUCAAAAGUGGCAGAAGUCCUAUAAUGACUGCCACUGAUGUUGCUGCACGGGGUCUUGAUGUGAAGGACAUAAAGUGUGUGAUCAACUAUGAUUUUCCUUCCAGCCUUGAGGAUUAUGUCCACAGGAUUGGUCGAACUGGUCGUGCAGGGGCUAGGGGAACUGCAUUUACCUUUUUCACCCAUGCAAAUGCAAAGUUUGCUCGGGAUCUUAUCAAGAUUUUACAGGAAGCAAGGCAGAUUGUCUCUCCAGCAUUGUCUGCUUUGGCUCGGUCAGGUGGCGCUCUAGGAGGUUCUGGGGGUAACUUCCGUUCUAGAGGAGGACGAGGAGGCUUUGGCAAUCGUGCAUUAAUUUCAGGAUCUAAUACUGUGCCUCUUGGUGUAAAGAGGCCUUGGUAGUGUUAUAUCAGGAUCUAAUCCUGUGCCUCUUGGUGCAAAGUGGCGUUGGUAGUGUUAUAUUGUAGCUGCCACAUUCAAGGAACAAGCUUAGGGUUGCAUGUAUAAAGCUACUAAUAUGGUUUAUGCCGUCUGAAUAUUAGUUUUUCAUUCUGAUAUCAGGCCAUAUUAUAAAUUCAAGUGACAAUGCCUCUUCAGUUGAGGAAUUCUUGUAUUAGCAAUUCAUACCUAUCUGAUUGUAAGCUUUCAAUUACUCUCUUUGAAUUAGUGCUGGUAUUUUGUUUAAUUUGUGAA